AUGGCGCAAGAGACGUAUGACAUCGUCAUCGUCGGUGCCGGUCCUGUGGGCCUGCUGCUGUCCCUCUGUAUGUCUCGCUGGGGCUACAAGGUCAAGCACAUCGACAACCGUCCUGUGCCAACCGCCACUGGCCGCGCUGACGGAAUUCAGCCGCGUUCCACCGAGAUUCUGCGCAACCUUGGCCUGAAGCGCGCCAUCAUGGCCUACGAGCCCGCCAAGGUGUACGAUGUCGCUUUCUGGGAUCCCAAGGCUGAUGGUUCUGGCAUCGGCCGCACUGGAAGCUGGCCCAGCUGCCCUCGCUUCAUCGACACCCGCUACCCUUUCACUACCCUUGUCCACCAGGGUAAGAUCGAGCGUGUCUUCAUUGAUGAGAUUGAAAAAGCCGGUACCCAGGUCGAGCGUCCCUGGACUAUUCACGGGUUCAAGAACGAUGGCGCCAAUGCCGAAUACCCCGUUGAGGUGCAGUUGAAGAGCAUUGAUACCAACGUUAUUGAGACCGUCCGCUCCAAGUACCUGUUCAGUGGCGAGGGUGCUCGCAGCUUCGUUCGUGAACAGCUCGAUAUCAAGAUCCGCCACAAGGACCCUAUCGCCUACGUUUGGGGUGUCAUGGACGGUGUUGUCCGCACCAACUUCCCCGAUAUUGAGACAAAAUGCACUAUUCACUCCGAUGCUGGCUCGAUCAUGGUUAUUCCCCGCGAGGACAACAUGGUCCGCUUGUACGUCCAGAUCGCCUCGUCAACAGAUGCCGACUGGAACCCUCGCAAGACCGCUACCGCCGAGGAGGUUCAACAGACCGCAAAGAACAUCUUGAAGCCCUAUUGGGUUGAGUGGGACCGUGUUGAGUGGUACUCCGUUUAUCCAAUUGGACAGGGUAUCGCCGAGAAGUACACCUUGGAUGAGCGUGUGUUCAUGGGUGGAGACGCCUGCCACACCCACAGCCCUAAGGCCGGUCAGGGCAUGAACACUGCCUUCCACGAUGCUCUCAACAUGGCCUGGAAGAUCCACGCCGUUGAGACCGGUUUCGCCAAUCGCUCUAUUCUGAGCACUUACGAGAGUGAGCGCAAGGAUAUUGCCGAGACUCUGCUGGACUUCGACGCCAAGUAUGCCGCGCUGUUCUCCAAGCGCCGUCCCACCGCCGGCGAGGUGUCUGCUAGCAAGGCUGUCUCCAAAAGCGAUGUCGAGGAGGAUGAGUUUGUCAAGACCUUCAAGUCUUCUUGCGAGUUCACCAGUGGAUACGGAGUUGCCUACAAGCCCAACGUCUUCAACUGGGACGCCAGCCACCCUGCCAAGUCGGCCCUGUUCAACAUCCCCAACGUCCGCUUGACUCCUGGCCGCGCUUUCACCCCUACCAUGGUCACUCGUCUUGCUGAUGCCAACUUCGUUGAGCUUGAGCAGGAGGUCCCCACCAACGGUUCCUUCCGCAUCUUCAUCUUCGGUGGUAACCAGAAUAAGACCCAAAAGGCUAUUGCCGAUCUCGCCGCCAAUCUGGAGAAGGAGCGCUCUUUCCUCUCCGUCUAUCGUCGCCCUGACAUUUCCAAUGUCUCUUUCUUCGAGCGUCACAACCCCCACUCCAGGCUCUUCACCCUCUCUCUCAUCUAUGCCGCUGCCAAGAACGAGGUCGACGUGGACUCCAUCCCCCAGGUUCUGCGUGACUACCACCACCACCUGUACUCCGAUGACAUCCCCGAUGUUCGUGUCCCCGAUGCCAAGUUCGCGGCUCACGAGAAGCUUGGUCUCGACGCUGAGAAGGGCGGUGUCAUCGUCACCCGACCCGACAGCCACGUCGCUUGCACCAUCCAGCUGGUUGAGGGCAGUGGCACCGCUGAUGCCCUGAAUGAGUACUUCGGCUCCUUCGCUACGAAGGCUUUGGGACAGGACUCCCAACAGAGCCGUCUGUAA